UCCCUCUCAUGCUGCCAUCGCCGCCGGCCGCCGUUUUCAGCCACCGUUUGUCGCCGCUGAUCUCCGCCAUCGACUGCAUUCGCAAGGCGCGUGUUCCGGAGGGAGUUCCAGAGCUUUAUUCAACCAUAAUUCCAGAGCUCUGUUCGUCGGGGGGAGUUCGCCCUCUGCCGCGUCGGUGCUCCUGGAUUUGGGAUUUUCCGACGCCGUCUGGAUUAAUAAGGGUCAGUUUAUCUCGCUCAAACGGACGAAGUUUUAUUCAGGAGCAAGCUCUCUCUUCCAGAUUUUUUGGUGGGUGAAAUCGAGCAGCUCCUCGACGGCGGCGGAAUUGCGGCGGCGGUUAUCUUUAUCAGUUCUCCAAUACCGAUUGAAUUCGCCGGUAGAGAGCCGAGUUUACUGAAAUCUUCGUGUAUUGAGCAUUCAGGGCAUGUUAAUAAGCUGUUUUAAUUGGGGAAGACAAGAUAAGGAAAGAAAAAGAAGAGCAGGAGGUAAAAGAACAGUGGCGGUGGCGGCAUGGCAGAAUCAGCUGCGACAGAGCUGGUGGCAAUGACAGCCAUGGACAAAAAAGAUCAAUUUUUUUAAUAAAAUAUGGGUGUGAAAGUUUAUUUUACACCCAUAAUUAAAAAAAAGAAAAUUACUAAAUAUAAAUUUUAAAUGCUUAAUACUUAAUAUUACAAGAAAGUACAUAAAUUUGCCCCUUUUUUCCUCUCAGUUCCAAAUUCCAAUGCUUAAAUACAAAACCCCACAUGAUUUUUUCAGUGCAGCUCUCAGUUAGUAACCUAUUCUCCUGGGGAACUGGAGAAGCAAGGGGUUUUCUUCUCUUGUUCUUCAAAGCUAUGGAAAUGUAUGCUGAAACAGAGCAUUUGCUUCCUUAUUUCCAGAGUUACUCUGAAUUAGCAAAGGAUUUCCGCAAAACCCACAAGCUUGAUUCUCCACUGAGCUACAUGGUUCAGACAUCAACUGUAUAUGAAUACAACAUGGGCGGUGAAGGUGAUCUAUUCAAAGCUCCAGAGCCAAUCAUCGAGGAAUCAUUUUCGGGUAUCAAUCCGAUGAUGGCUGCAAUUUCGAUGAUGUCCUGUGGCAACACCAACAUCUCCUUGGAGGGACUUAAAGAUGCUGAUUACUUUUUUAGUUCAAAAGAUGUUGAUUUGCUUCAAAAUGAUCAGCUCUUGAGUGAGGUUUACUAUGAGUAUGAGAAGGAACUCUUAGAAAAAGGAGCAAUGCAAACACCACUGUCUGAAGUUUUCGAUUUUAAGAAUAAAAUGUCAAAGACAGACGAAAACGAGCCAGAUUCUGAUGCAAUGCUUCAGAACAGUGUAAGCUCGGGAUGCUUAAGGUCGAUGGACGGGAUGCAAGGCCCUGCAAUGAAGUCCAGUCUUGUGGAUUUUAGCGGAGUGGAUGUCGGUGAGGCCUACAGGAUGCGACGGGCAUUUAGCGAAGGCGAUAUCAAGACUCUUAGUAAUGGCAAUGGGAGCCAAUUCUAUUCUCCUCUCGAGCCACCGCCGCUGCUGGUCAGCAAUUGCACCGCCGAAGAACGCAAAGAAAAGCUCUCGAGAUACCGAAGUAAGAAGACCAAAAGGAACUUUGGCAGAAAGAUCAAGUAUGCUUGCAGGAAGGCUCUAGCUGACAGUCAACCAAGAAUCAGGGGAAGGUUUGCCAGGACUGAAGAAGCUGAGAUGAGGAGGUAAUGAAUAAUGAUAGAUAUUAUGAUGAAAAGGUAGUGGUUAGAAGAAGUGUCUGAAUGUGCAAUUAGUUAAGUUUAGAAGGGCUGAAAUGAAAAUGUGUAGAAGAUAUAGGUUUGUAAAUGGUGUCUGCUUACACUUCUAAUUAUGCCUUCUAAUAACAUUGUCUCAAGCAAUGUUCUUCUUCAUUUUAUUGCAACUCAAACUGUGUGGAGUUUGUAAAUAUGAGUUCUCCUAGGAGACUCCUAAAUAAACAAGCCACAUAAGUUUCUCCUUUGAUGUAAA